UUAGUUGUGGCGGGAUCCUCAGGUGGCAUUGGACAACCUCUAAGUCUCUUAUUGAAAACUUGUCCUUUAAUUAGUGAACUAGUUCUUUAUGAUAUUUUGAAUACUCCAGGAUGGGCAGCCGACCUCUCUCACAUCCCAUCGACUGCGAAAGUCACAGCAUUUCUUCCAGAAAGAGGUGGAGAGAGAGCAGCCUAUGAAGGUGCCGAAAUUGUCAUCGUCCCUGCCGGAAUCCCUCGGAAACCAGGGAUGGAUCGUGAUAAUCUUUUCAGCAUCAAUGCCAGCAUCGUCAAAAGUAUCAUUGAACUUGUUGCCGAAGUUGCCCCAAAAGCUUAUAUCUUAAUUAUUUCAAACCCAGUCAACUCGACUGUGCCAAUUGCAGCUGAAGCCCUCAAGUCCAAGGGUGUCUUUGAUCCUCGAAGGCUUUUUGGCAUUACCACUCUCGAUGUGGUUCGUGCCCAAACAUUCGCUGCUGAAAUAACUGGAGAGAAAAACCCACUAAAUAUAACUAUUCCUGUUGUUGGAGGCCACUCUGGAGAAACAAUUGUGCCUCUUUUUAGUCAAGCUAAUCCAUCAAUUUCAAUCGAAUCUACAAAGCUAGCCGAAUUGGUAAAGCGAGUCCAGUUUGGUGGCGACGAAGUUGUGAAGGCCAAGGAGGGGAGCGGUUCGGCAACCCUCUCCAUGGCAUAUGCUGCUUUUAGAUUCACAGAAUCUCUCCUUAAAGCCCUUGGAGGCGAGGAAGGUAUAGUUGAACCAAGCUUUGUGUAUCUUCCAGGUAUUACAGGUGGCGCAGAAAUUCAAAAAGAAGUCGGCGUUGACUUUUUCUCUGUUCCGAUUGAAUUGAGUACCAACGGAGCCGAAAAAAUUCAAGACCCAAUAUCUAAUGCAACCGACGAUGAAAAGAACCUGAUAAAAGCGGCAAUCGGGGGUUUAAAAGAAAAUAUUGAAAAGGGAAUUACCUUUUUUCACACACCGCAAAGUGAAUUUCUCUAA